AUGGAUGGCACAGUGGGUAAUGUGAUGCAUACGCCGUCGGUUUCUGAUCAAAAGAAGAAAAAGCAACACAACAUCAUGGAUCAGAAGAUGAACGAGUUUGAGUUCCGCCGACAAGCUGUCACGUCGAAGCUGCAGCGAAUAAAGCUGGUACUUGCCAAGCCAGAGGAAAUCACAGUUCAUCACUUGGACACCUAUCUGCGACGAGUGGAUGCCUGCUAUGAUGAGUUCAACAUCCUACAGAACGAGAUUUAUGCUACGUUUCCUGAUCAACGAGUUCAGCAGGAGAAACAAUUCAUAGAAUUCGAGCAGCUCUAUGAAGGUAUUCGAGUGGCGAUUUGCUCUGCUGUGGAGGCAUAUCGAAUGCAACAAGUUGCUGCUGUUCGACCCCGGUUGGCCGAUGCCGCGGUUGCCGGCGAACAACAACCAGUGAUUGUUAAUCAACCGGCCGGACUACCAGCUGUCCCUCUACCAACCUUCGAUGGGACAUACGAAAGGUGGUUCAGAUUCAAACAGCUCUUCCAGGAUUUGAUGCAAAAACAUCCCGGAUUGUCUGACGCAACCAAAUUGCAUUACUUGACGCAGUCACUGAAGGGAAAGGCGGAGAACGUGAUCAGUGAGCAGAUACUGAACGAAAACAAUUUCCAAGCAGCCUGGAACUUGUUAGAAGAGAGGUUCGAGAAUAAAAGGACGAUCAUCGAUAUUCACGUUGGUGGUCUUCUCAACCUAAAGAAGAUGAAUAAGGAGUGUUCAUCAGACUUGAGGCAGCUUGUAGAGGAGUGCAGUCGUCACGUUGAGGCCUUGGAAUUCCACGAUCAACACAUGGAGGGUAUGUCCGAGCAGCUGGUGGUUUCACUGUUGACGUCCAAGCUUGACAAGGCCACGUUGAGCCUCUGGGAAAGCACCAUCACACCAAAAGAACUGCCAGACUACACGGAAACCAUGCAAUUUCUGCGCAACCGUUGCUUUGUGCUUGAACGCUGCGAGGCAGGUACGUCACACCGAACGAAUGAGGGCGUAAAGCAGAAACCGCAACUAACUGCUCCGAAGCAACACGUCAGGGUGCACACAGCUUUACAAAUCAACGAGGGUGUAUGCGUAAUUUGUGAUGAGUCGCACAACAUCAACAAAUGCAGCGCGUUGAAGCAAAUGACGCUACCCGAGAGAAUUGCGACGGUCAAAGAGAAGCAACUUUGUUUCAACUGCCUGAAACGAGGUCACAGAGUGGGCCAGUGCAAGUCCAGGGUCUGUACGGUAGCUGGUUGCGGAAGAAAACACCAUACGCAGCUGCAUAGUGAGGUUCCAGUGCCGGCGGAGAAGGCUGCUGAAGGAAGUGUUCCGGAGACGAAGAAGGAACCGCCCACCCAACCCGAACAAACAACGUCAGCUGUCACCUGCACCAGUUUCACCGGAAAAUCUGUACAACCGAACAAAAACGAAGUGAUUUUGUCGACGGCCGUAGUGCAAGUGAAGGAUACUCGUGGAUGCUACCGUUCUUGUCGAGUGUUGCUGGAUUCGGGAUCCCAAUCCAACUUCAUGUCCGAAAAUUUCGUCAAAAUGCUUCGACUGAAGUUGGAUAACGUGCGAGUUCCCAUUGUUGGGAUCAAUGGUGAAAAGCUAACGGCAACACAGAGAACUGCAGCCGAAGUUAAAUCAUCCUGCAACGAGUCAUCGUGGAGUCUGGAGUUCCUGAUAGUGCCACAGGUUACUGGCGUUCUUCCGUUGGAGAAAAUUGAUGUGCGUCCAUGGAAUAUACCGCCCGACCUGAACCUAGCAGAUCCCCGUUUCAACAUUCCAGCUCGAGUAGACAUGUUGAUCGGGGCCGAACUCUUUUUUGAACUACUGAUAACCGAACGCCUAAAGCUCGACAUCGGUCAACCUAUGCUAUGGCGAUCGGAGCUCGGUUGGAUUGUUUGCGGUUCCUACAGGAGCAAUCAGAGGCCAGUGGUGGUAACUACCGCCCAAUGCCAACCGGCGGAAACAAAUUUGGAGGAUACUGUGCAGCGUUUCUGGGAGCAAGAGGAAGUUCCGGAAACGACGAAGCUGACAACCGAAAACGAGCAGUGCAUCGAACAUUUCGAGAAAACUCAUCGUCGAGAAAACGGCCGCUUUGUUGUUAGGCUGCCCUUCCGAAACAACGUAAACCAGCUCGGAGAUACACGACAUCUUGCUGAGCGGCGAUUUCUGCACUUGGAGAGGAGAUUUGUACAGUCUCCAGAGCUGAAACAACAGUACGUAUCGUUCAUCAACGAAUACUUGGCAUUAAGACAUUGCCGAAGAGUGGAGCAUGCAGGUAACGAAGAUCAUGGAUACUAUCUGCCACACCAUGCCAUUGUAAAACCGACGAGCUCAACAACAAGACUUCGCGUUGUAUUCGACGCAUCGGCGCGUUCAGACACGAACCUUUCCUUGAACGACGUGCUGAUCACCGGACCUGUACUACAGGACAGUUUGAUGGCGAUAGUCCUACGAUUUCGUCGGUACAAGUACGUCUUUACAGCCGACAUUGUUAAGAUGUAUAGGCAAAUCCGGGUCGAUGAGUCCGAUUCGCCGUAUCAGAAAAUCCUGUGGAGGGAAAACUGUCAAGAACCGCUGAACACAUUAGAGCUCACAACAGUGACCUACGGCACCUCUUGCGCACCGUUUUGUGCAACCGCUUGUCUCAAGCAGUUGGCGGACGACGAGCAAACGGAGUUCCCGAUAGCAUCCAAGGUAGCUCGGAAGGAUUUUUAUAUGGACGACGUACUAUCCGGAGAUGAUGAGCUGCAAAGGGCUCUGGAGAGCCAAUAUCAACUAACCGCAAUGCUGCAACGUGGAGGAUUUCGUCUGCACAAAUGGUGUGCAAACACGCCCGAACUACUCGAACGGAUUCCAGUCAACGAACGUGAAGUGCAAGCGAAGAUAGAGGAUCAUAACCCCAACGAAGUGAUCAAGACCCUUGGGUUACUGUGGGAUCCGAAAAAUGAUGUGUUCCUGUUUAGAACGCGAACACAAGACGAAAUGCGAGAGUUUAAUACGAAGCGCACCGUUCUAUCAGAUACAGCGAAAAUCUUUGACCCUCUUGGGCUUUUGGAACCAGUUACUGUCGUGGCCAAGCUUUUCAUACAAGAGCUUUGGGCCCGCGGCGUGAACUGGGACGAACGAUUGACGGCAGAACAGGAAGCCAGGUGGAGAAGGUUUACGCAAGACCUGCAGCGCAUCAACGAAUUGCAAAUACCGAGAAGGGCUCUCGCAGACGAUGCAACCGCUUUCGAAAUUCAUGGCUUCUCUGAUGCCAGCCAGAAAGCAUACGGCGCGUGUGUGUAUUUGAGGAGCAUUAAGCGAGAUGGCACAGCUGCCAUGCAUUUGUUGAGCAGCAAAACCCGAGUGGCACCAUUGCCGAAAAAGCCCGGCAGCAAACGGAGCGGCAAACCGUUCACUAUUCCUAGAGCGGAGCUGUGUGGUGCUCAUUUGAUGGCGAAAUUGGUAGCUGCGAUAAUCGAGCACCUGGAUCUGGAAGUCCACGCAAUCGUACUGUGGUGCGACUCGCAGAUUGUGCUAUGUUGGCUGAACAAAUCUCCGGAUACCCUGGAGGUUUUUGUUGGCAACAAGGUUCGAGAGAUCAAACAGCUAACGGACGGUUUUGAAUGGCGAUACAUCAAUACGAAACAAAAUCCAGCAGACUUGGCAUCUCGAGGGCUGAGUUCAUCGGAGUUGCAGCAGUCUGCCAUCUGGUGGCACGGUCCGUCGAUGCUACACAACGCUGACUACACGUACCAACACAUCGAGCAACCCCCCUGCAACGAUUACGAACUUGCAGCUCUGGCCCACGUGUCGGUUCAGGUGCAACCAUGUGAACUGUUAACAAGGUAUAGUGAUUUCCGCCGUCUUCAGCGCAUUGUGGCCUACAUAUAUCGGUUCCUGGACAACUGCAGGCAGAAGGACGGUACCCGAAGGCGUACAGGAUUCUUGACGGUAAUCGAAUUGCGUUCCGCAACGCAAAAAAUUAUCUCGCUGGCUCAACUUGAAGGCUUCGCAGACGAGUUCCGGAUGCUGAGGAGCGGCCAAACGGCGAAAAGCAAGCUAUUGGCGUUAGACCCGUUCAUCGAUCGUGAAGGAAUGCUGAGAGUUGGUGGCCGCUUGAAACACGCUAAUAUUUCAUUCGGCAAGAAACACCAGUUGCUGCUACCACGCAGUCACCAUGUGACAAAGAUUUUGAUCGCGGCGCUACACAAGGAGCAUCUUCAUAUCGGACAACAAGGAUUACUGGCAAUAGUACGUCAACGCUAUUGGCCGGUACGAGCCAAAUGCACCAUCCGGCAAAUAGUGAAGAAAUGCGUCCGGUGUUUUCGAAUGAAUCCUCCUGAAGUUGUGCAGUUUAUGGGAGCGUUGCCGGAUUAUCGGGUGAACCCCUCGCCGGUCUUCUACAGCACGGGAAUAGACUAUGCAGGGCCAUUCUUCGUCCGGCAAGGUCGUCGAGCAGCGAAAGUGAAGGCAUACGUGGCGUUGUUCAUUUGUAUGAGCACCAAGGCUAUACAUUUGGAACUUGUGUCGGAUCUCACCAGUGCAGCAUUCUUGGCGGCCUUGCAUAGAUUCGUUGGACGUCGUGGAUGUCCGGAGAAAUUGGUAUCAGAUAACGCAACCAACUUCAAAGGCGCCCAUUCGGAGUUACAGGAGCUCUACAAACUGCUCCAGUCGCAACAACUGCAGGACGAAGUCGAUCGCUUCUGUGCAGCCAAGGAGAUCCAGUGGUCCUUCAUACCGCCCCGAUCGCCGAACUUCGGGGGUAUAUGGGAGGCUGGAGUCAAGGCGGCGAAAUCCCACCUCAAGGUGAUUUUGUGUGAGGCAUCCUUGACCUAUGAAGAAAUGAACACGGUGUUAGUUCAAAUAGAAGCAAUAUUAAACUCCAGGCCCCUAACGCAAAUCUCCAAUGACGCCAAUGACCUAACUGCAUUGACACCGGGUCACUUUUUGGUGGGCCGUGAAUUAACAGCAGUUCCUGAGCCGAGCUACGGCAAUGUGCGAGUAUCGUCUUUGUCCAGAUGGCAGCACUUACAGAAGUUGAAGCAAGAUUUUUGGGCUAGAUGGUCAGCAGAAUACCUGAGCGAAUUGCAGCCGAGGAGUAAGUGGUAUAAGGGCAAGGUAACCAUUCGUCCAGGAAUGCUGGUGGUAAUAAGGGAAGACAACGUGGCACCUCAACUGUGGCACCUUGGCCGCAUAACGGAGGUUACACCAGGUGCUGAAGGCUUGGUCCGCGUGGUAAAGAUUCGUACGACUAAUGGAGAAGUAAGCCGAUCAGUCAGCAAGAUUGCGAUUUUGCCCAUUGAGGAUUCCAGCGAAGGAAUGAAUUGA